GGCUGGGACGGAGGCGGGACUUCCGGGUGCGCGGAGGCACAACUUCCGGAGGGAGGCGGAAGAGCCUCUAGGCUCUACGCUGGAGCGUCCCGGGACGGCUGAGGGGGUCCCCUGGGGCACGGGACAGAGCCGCGGGGGCGGUCCGGCAGCACUCGGGGUGUCAGGGCCGUCGGUCUGAGGGAUGCGGAGGAGCCAUGGCCAGCGACGGGGCCAGGAAGCAGUUCUGGAAGCGCAGCAACAGCAAGGUCCCGGGCAGCAUCCAGCAUGUGUAUGGCGCCCAGCACCCGCCCUUUGACCCGCUGUUACACGGCACCUUGCUCAAGGCCGCGCCCAAGGUGCCCCCCACGCCCGUGAAGGCCAAGAGGGUCAGCACCUUCCAGGAGUUUGAGAGCAACACCAGUGACGCCUGGGACGCCGGCGAGGAUGACGAUGGGCUGCUGGCCAUGGCGGCCGAGAGCCUGGACUCCGAGGUGGUCAUGGAGACGGCCCGCCGCGUGCUGCACAGCCACAGCCAGCGGCAGGAGCAGCUCAAGCGGCAGGAGCCCCCGCCCGCGCCCGGCGGGGACCUGCGGCUGGUGAAGUCCGUCAGCGAGAGCCACACGGCCUGCCCCGCAGAAGGUGCCGGCGGCACCGUCCCGCUGCAGCGGUCCCAGUCCCUCCCCCACUCGGCGACAGCCGCACCAGGCGGGCCGUGCGACCCCAGCACCCUCAGCAGCUCGGCGCUGAGUGAGAGGGAGGCCUCCCGGCUGGACAAGUUCAGGCAGCUGCUCGCCGGCCCCAACACCGACCUGGACGAGCUGCGCCGGCUGAGCUGGUCCGGGAUCCCGAAGCCGGUCCGUCCGAUCACCUGGAAGCUCCUCUCGGGCUACCUUCCCGCCAACGUGGACCGCAGACCGGCCACUCUGCAGAGGAAGCAGGAGGAGUACUUCGCCUUCGUGGCGCACUACUACGACUCCAGGAACGACGCGGCCCACCAGCACACGUACAGACAGAUCCACAUAGACAUCCCGCGGAUGCAUCCGGAAGCGUUAAUACUCCAACCCAAAGUGACGGAGAUCUUCGAGCGCAUACUGUUCAUCUGGGCCAUACGCCACCCCGCCAGCGGGUACGUCCAGGGGAUCAACGACCUGGUUACGCCAUUCUUCGUGGUCUUCAUCUGCGAGCACACGGAGGAGGAGGACGAGGACGUCGCCGACGUGUCCCGCGUGCCCGCCGAGGUGCUGCGCAACGUGGAGGCCGACACGUACUGGUGCAUGAGCCGGCUGCUGGACGGCAUCCAGGACAACUACACCUUCGCCCAGCCGGGGAUCCAGACGAAAGUGCGGAUGCUGGAGGAGCUCGUGAGCCGCAUCGAUGAACAAGUGCACCGGCACCUGGAGCAGCACGAGGUGCGGUACCUGCAGUUCGCCUUCCGCUGGAUGAACAACCUGCUGAUGAGGGAGCUGCCGCUGCGCUGCACCGUGCGCCUGUGGGACACCUACCAGUCGGAGCCCGAGGGCUUCUCCCGCUUCCACCUGUACGUCUGCGCCGCGUUCCUCCUGCGGUGGCGGAAGGAGAUCCUGGAGGAAGGCGAUUUCCAGGAGCUGCUGCUCUUCCUGCAGAGCCUGCCCACGGCCCACUGGGGCGACGGGGACGUCAGCCUGCUGCUGGCCGAGGCCUACCGCCUGAAGUUCGCCUUCGCCGACGCCCCCAACCACUACAAGAGAUGAGCGGCGGCGUCCCCCGGGGGCCGGCUGCGGCAGCGGCCUGGACGGGCGGUCCCGCCCGAUGGGGCGUCCACCUGGAGGACGUCCGGCGCGGCCCAGGGCCCGGCUGGGGGGGCUGGCUGUUGCCUGAGACACCAAAGAGAGCCAGAGGCGGGGUCCCGGCCUCUUGGGGGCCCUUCCCGCCCCGAGCGUCCUUGCCAAACGACCGCCUCCUGGAGGCCCCGGCCGGCGGCAGCCCCUCUCGGAGGGGCCCGCCCUGGGGGGCGGGGCGGAGGGGAUGGUGGCCGCCCCGGACCUGCGUGGAGACGCGGCGCGUCUGUCCUGCCGCGUGAAGGAGAAUAAAACACAGACAGA